AUUGAUUGCUUGACAUGAAGGUAAUCAUUUUAUUGGUUUUGGCGCUUGCCGCCGUCUCUGCGGAGAUAUUGGAAAUGGAGCACCCCAAGGACUUUGGCAAGAUCUCUAAAGUCGAGGGACGCAUCACGAAUGGCUAUCCAGCCUAUGAGGGCAAGGCACCCUACACCGUAGGCCUGAGCUUCAAUAAUGCCUGGUGGUGUGGUGGUUCCAUCAUUGCUCAUGACUGGAUCUUGACUGCUGCUCACUGCACCAAUGGAGGUGAUACUGUGACUAUCUUUUAUGGUGCCACAUGGCGCACUAACGCCCAGUUCACCCACACUGUGGGAAGAGGAGAGUUCAGACAGAACCCCAACUGGCCCAACCAGAAUGGAAAUGAUAUCGCUCUGAUCCACACACCCCACGUGGACUUCUGGAGCAUGGUUAACAAGGUGGAGCUGCCCAGUUUCAAUGAUCGCUAUAAUAUGUACGAUGGCUGGUGGGCCGUUGCCUGCGGCUGGGGUGGCACCUACGAUGGCAGCCCGCUCCCAGACUGGCUGCAGUGCGUCGAUCUGCAGAUCAUCAGCAAUGGACAGUGUUCCCAGACUUAUGGCCACCAACCCGAUGGUAUUCUGUGCGUCUCUACUCCCAAUGGCAAGUCGACUUGUGGCGGAGACUCAGGCGGUCCAUUGGUGCUCCAUGAUGGUGGUCGCCUGGUUGGUGUCACCUCUUUCGGUAGCUCUGCCGGUUGCCAGUCUGGCGCCCCAGCUGGCUUCACUCGUGUCACUAAUCAGCUGGAUUGGAUUCGCGACAACUCUGGUGUUGCUUACUACUAAGCUUUCACAAUAAAUAAAAUUAUCCUUUGUUAAAACUGAA